AUGGUGGUCAGUCACCACUCAUUGAGGCAGACAUUGGCGACGAUCAGCCAUCACGUAUUGCCCACGGCACGGGUGCCCAUGGUGCCAUGCCAUGACCUCAACCUCACCGCAUCUAUCAAUGACCUCGACUCGAACCGCCUCCACACAGGCAUGGAUCUCGAGCCAUUCACAUCCCUCCCUCACUCCACCGCCAAUCAGUUCCCAUCAGACGUCGGGGCACUCCACGCCAAACCCAUCCCACCUUCAAACGAAUACACUACGCUGGACCUCUAG